GGUGCCCCCUCGGGGUCUCCUCCCGGGUGCUCGAUUUGCAAAACGCUUGGCAGUCGCGCUGCACCCAUUUAGAAGUGCCUCGCUGAAGGACGGCCUGGAGAACCUACUUCGGGAGGGUCUGGGAAUGGCGCACUUUUUCGAGGCGGGGCAUUGUCGCCGUGAACAUUCCACUGGGAGAGCUGUCGCCUGGCGUGAUGAAUAGAGACAGGCUUUGGAGGCAGGAAGACCUGGAUUCGAGUCUUGACUGUGACACAUCCUGGAAAACGGAAGUAAUUUGGAAGCACGCUAUGAAAGCAUUUGUUGUUGGAAUUAGUGGUGUGACAAAUGGUGGGAAGACGACCCUGGCCAAAAAACUCCAAAAACAGCUCCCAAAUUGCAGCGUCAUCUCACAGGAUGAUUAUUUUAAGCCAGAGUCUGAGAUUAAGAUUGAUGAGAAUGGAUUUCUACAGUAUGAUGAACUUGAAGCUCUCAAUAUGGAAACUCUGAUGUCUGCUGUCCACUCCUGGAUAAAAAACCCAAGAAAUUCCCUAAAAUCAGAUGGCCCAGAAGGUGCUGAGGAAGUCCCCAUUUUAAUCAUUGAAGGUUUCCUUCUCUAUAAUUAUAAGCCGCUUGAUACUAUAUGGAAUAGAAGCUAUUUUCUGACCAUUCCAUAUGAAGAGUGCAAGCGAAGAAGAAGGUCUGCAGAAAAUGCCCAAGGCACCUUCCAGCUCAACAUCUGGGGUCCUAUGAGGAGUAUCAAGAGGGUAUCCAUCAGGACUCUGCAAUAUGGAUUAGAAGAGUCUAAAGAAGAUAUUCAGUCACAUAACAGAGAGAAUGAUGCACACAAUCACAGUCACCACAAUGUAAAGAAAAACAAUACUGCAAGACUUCAGCUUACCGUAGUGAUCAAUCUUGAUUCCAGAAGACUGAUGAUGUGUCUGUCCUCUUGAUAGAGAGAUGAUGGACUGAAGGUGUGGAAAGCUGCAAAUCUGUAUAUGCCAUCAAGUGAUGGUCAGUGUGUUGGGGGUCAGAGUGUGGGGAGUGGCUUGCUCAACUAUUUUUUUUAACUUUAUUUUUAAUUUAUAGUGUAAAACAAGCAUUUCUAUAACAUAGUACAAUAAAAAAGAUACAUGAAACUGCAAAUCUGCUAUGCACAAAUAUGCUAUUCUUUGCAAACAUACAAUAAAAUUAUCCUGUCAGUUUC